AUGCAGACAGUAUUCUGGCCAGGUAUCAAUGCAGAUAUCAAGAGUAAAGUAGAAAGCUGCGAGGCCUGCCAACAGCUUCUCCCUAGUCAGCAACAAGAACAUUACAUGUGUGACGACCACCCAUCCCGGCCCUUCGAAAGUGUGUCAGCUGACUUCUUCCAUGUAGCAGGGAAAUCCUUCCUUGUUAUUGCUGAUAGACUUUCAGGCUGGCCUGUGGUUGUUCCCUGUGGACGUGACACAACUGCAGCCAGAGUUACAAGAAUGUUCUGUGUUUUCUUCCGCGAGGUUGGUGUUCCACUCCGCUUACGAACUGAUGGAGGACCCCUAUUUUCCAGCCAUGACUUCAAGCAAUUCGCCGACCGCUGGGGAGUUCAUCACAUCAUCACUUCUCCACAUUACCCUCAGGCUAAUGGACACGCAGAAGCUGCAGUUAAAGUGGUUAAACACCUUAUCAUCAAGACUGCCCCAUCCGGGAACAUAGAUUGUGAAGCCUUUGAUAGAGGACUGCUGGAGCUUAGGAAUACACCGAACCCUGCUGGACGCUCCCCUGCGCAGAUCCUCUAUGGCCAUCCUCUCCGCACUUGUGUUCCAGCUCACCCCAGAUCAUUCACAGAGGAGUGGCAAACUAAGACUGAAGAUUACGACCGUCGCACUGCUGCCCAAACCGACCAAGCCAUGAGCCUUUACAAUUCCCAUGCCUGCCCUCUACCCAAGCUCACCAUCGGCCGAGUUAGGAUACAGGACGCAACGAUGCUUCGAUGGGACAAGGUCGGCAUCGUGAUGGGCCGCGGAAUGUCAAGAAAGUAUGAAAUACAACUUCCAAGUGGUCAUGUAUGGUUUCGAAACCGAAGACAUUUAUGCCCAGUGGCUAAUAUGAGUGAUGGCACCUCUCCCCAAGUCCCUGUGUCCCCUUGCCCUGGCCAGGAAAGAGAGCCAUCAUUCAAACCCUCCAAUGUCCCUCGUCAUUCACCUCGACUAGCUCAGGGGAAUUAA